UGUACUAGCUACUGGAUCGCAUCACUCCGGAUGUCGAGCAAGGAACACAACUCCACCUCUCGGGAAUUGUCCGAGCCUCCUCGAAGACAGCCUCGCCAACGUGUCUUCAUAUUCGUCGCUCUUUUGUUCGAGGCGUUCAUGCUCAUUCUCUUCGGCAUUUUUGUGAACUACAACGAUGACCGUGAGGGGAAGAUGGUGGUGGAAACAACAGGUAAUGAUCACAACUCGAGCACUAAUCCAGACCCCGACAACGACAUCGAUACGUUCUAUCCUGAGUUCCAGGACAUCCACGUCAUGAUGUUUAUCGGUUUCGGUUUCCUGAUGACUUUCCUGAAGCGCUAUACCUACAGUUCCGUUGGGGUCAACUUCGUCCUUGGUGCUUUCAUCCUACAGUGGGGUACUCUUGUGAACGGUUUUUUCGAGCUUGCACCGGAUGGAUUUGAAGGAAAAGUGGUCGUCGAUAUUCAAAAACUGAUUAGAGCGGAUUUCGCUGCCGCUGCAGUGAUGAUCACGUUUGGCGCUGUGUUGGGAAAAGUUAGCCAGACUCAGUUGCUGAUUAUUGGAUUUUUUGAAGUUAUUUUCUACGGAAUAAAUGAGAUGGUUGGUGCGUCAUACCUCAAGGCUGUUGAUGUUGGUGGUUCAAUGUUAAUUCAUACAUUUGGGGCUUAUUUCGGCUUGGCUGUUGCAUUUACAAUGGACAAAAAGACAGCUAGAAAUCCUGGAAGUAAGAACGAGGAUUCUGUUUACCACUCGGACAUCUUUGCAAUGAUUGGCACCAUUUUCUUGUGGCUAUUUUGGCCAAGUUUUAAUGGAGGCUUGGUAACUGGUUCAAUCCGCCAUCGGGCUAUUGUCAACACCUACUACUCACUGUCUGCUUGUGUUGUGUCAACGUUUAUCUUCUCUUCCCUGGUGGACGACAAGAAAAAGUUUAGUAUGACUCAUGUACAAAACGCAACAUUGGCGGGAGGCGUUGCUAUUGGAAAUGUUGCUGAUUUAAUGAUACAACCUUGGGGAGCGAUGUUUGUUGGUAUUAUUGCAGGAUGCGUUAGCGUCCUGGGCUACAAAUAUGUACAACCAUUUGUCACUAAACAGUUUCGUAUCCACGAUACAUGUGGUGUUCACAACCUUCAUGGGUUGCCGGGAGUGUUUGGAGCAAUCGUUGGUAUUAUAACUGUUGCUGUUGUGAGUGACAGCGAAUACGGAGGCAAUCUCUACAACAUAUUUGGUGCUCGUGGCGAAGAAGGCCGAAGUGCAGGCAAUCAAGCCCUACAUCAGUUUGCCACUUUAAUAGUAACAUUGGGUUUUGCUGUCCUCGGUGGCAUCAUUACAGGAUACAUUGCAAAUCUUAACAUUUUCGAUCCUGUCGACGAUGAUGAGACGGUUUUGUUUGAUGAUAGUCGUCUGUGGGAUCCAUCAGAGGAGCUGACCUUUGACUUUAGAGAAAGAGUUCUCGAAAUCCUAAGAAACAGCACUCAUCGCGUCGACCUAAGAAACACAGAGUCGUGUGUGUAGCAUCCAAGCCUAGUGACUACAGCUGACUUAGUUGCUGUGUGAACAGUGUGUGUAACUGUGCUGGUUUAUCAGAUUACUCUGCUUCUUGUUGUUAUAGUGUUAAGCUGUGCCCGCGAUAAUAGUUUUCAAUGGUAUGUCGACCAAUUUGUUUUUUCUAAUCACGUUGCCAUGGUUUUGAAGCUGCUCA